AUGAGUCCUUUCAGCCUCCUUUUCUACCUCUCCUCCCUCGCUGUGUUGGUAGAUGGCAAAUCGCUUUCCUAUGACUGGACAGUUUCCUUCUCUCACCGUGCUCCUCUUGCUCUUACCAAACAGGUGAUUGUGAUCAACGAUCAAUUUCCGGGACCAUUGUUGAAUGCAACAACAAAUGAUGUGCUAAACAUCAAUGUUCAUAACAACUUGACAGAACCAUUCCUUAUGACAUGGAACGGACUGCAAAUGAGAAGGAAUUCAUGGCAAGAUGGGGUGCAAGAGACUAAUUGUCCAAUACUACCUGGCCGAAACUGGACAUACAGUUUUCAAGUGAAGGAUCAGAUCGGAAGUUUCUUUUAUUUCCCAUCCCUUCUCCUGCACAAAGCUGCUGGUGGAUAUGGUCCCAUUCGUGUGAAUAAUCGUGAGGUUAUUCCUAUUCCAUUUCCACAACCUCAUGAAGAUAUUGAUGUCCUCAUUGGAGAUUGGUACAGUGCAGAUCACCGGGAUUUGAGGGCUUUGCUUGAUAAUGGGACUGGACUUCAGAAUCCCAGUGGAAUUCUUAUCAAUGGACGGGGUCCUAAUGAAACAGUUUUUGAAUUUGAACCAGGGGCUACAUACAGGCUAAGGAUUUCAAAUGUGGUCUCGAAAACUUCGUUGAACUUCAGGAUUCAAGACCAUCUAAUGUUGUUAGUGGAGACAGAAGGGUCUUACACAGCACAACAAACUUAUAGUAAUCUGGACAUCCAUGUUGGUCAAUCCUACUCAGUCUUAGUUACAGCAAAGAAUCAAACUGGUGGCAAGUCCUACUACAUGGUUGCAAGUUCCCGCUUAACUGAGGUUGAACUUUUUGGAGUCGGCGUCAUUCGCUACCCGAACUCUGAUGAUUUUCCAUCCGGCCCACUUCCCCCAGGACCACAGUUACAUGAUUAUUUUUACUCCAUUGAACAAGCUCGUUCAAUAAGGUGGAACUUGUCAGCGGGAGCUGCUAGGCCAAAUCCUCAAGGUUCAUAUCACUAUGGCAGCAUCAACGUGUCCCGUACAAUAGUCCUCAGGAACGGUGAGACCGAUAUAAAUAGACACCUGUAUACAGUCAAUGGGGUGUCAUUUGUGAGCCAAGGUACACCAUUAAAGAUGGCAGACUAUUUCGAGCUUGAAACGUUGAAGACUGGAAUUUUUCCAGAUACCCCAAUUGAUAAUGGUAUCUCGACAUUGGAUACUUCAGUUAUCAAUGCAAAUUACAGAGAGUUUUACCAUUUGGUGUUUGAAAAUCCUACCCCAUCUUUGCAAACAUGGCACCUUGACGGCUACAACUUCUUUGUUGUUGGCAUGGAGUUUGGUACAUCAUCAUGGGAAGAGGAUAUGAAGGCAACAUAUAACUUGAAUGAUGCUGUUUCUCGUUCUACAGCUCAGGUUUAUCCAUUCGGAUGGACGGCAGUGAUGGUUAUGCUGGACAAUCAAGGGUUGUGGAAUCUGAGAUCACAGGAUGUGGAGAGAUGGUAUCUAGGGCAAGAGUUAUACUUGCGAGUCAGAGGCAUUGGAGAGGAGGAUCCAUCAACCAUUCCUGCUAGAGAUGAAGUUCCAAUUCCUGAAAACGCCAUCUUGUGUGGAGAAAUCUCUGGUUUACAGCAAACGUUAUUUUAG